CUUCAGGACGGCUUGCUUUGCGCCCGGGAGAAAAAGGGGGAAGAGGAAGCCCGAAGGCCUGACGGAAGAGAAAAAGCGGGGGAUGUAAACUGAAGUUUUAACCGAAAUCUGCAACAGGCUGUGUCAUCUGUGGAAGCCUUAAAACAGCAAAAGAUUGCAAGCUCUAUCUUAAGAGUGCCACGGUAGAAAAACACCUGCGCCUCUUGAUUUUCAGACCGAGCGCCAAAGCCAGAAGCCAAAUCCUGCUUUAAGCAAAAUUGUAUCGUCCAUGUUUUCUUCUCUACAGAGUGCAUCCGCCCGCCAGUGGCCAAGCUGAGGCUCCCCGGCCCAGCGAUGGACUUGGACCCCUACGCGAGCAUGCAGAUUGGCAUGCGGGUGGUCCGUGGGGCUGACUGGAGGUGGGGAAACCAGGACAAUGGCGAGGGCAACGUGGGGACGGUGGUGGAGAUUGGCCGGCAGGGCAGCCCAGCGACCCCCGAUAAAACCGUGGUGGUCCAGUGGGAUCACGGGACUCGCACCAAUUACCGGACCGGAUUCCAGGGAGCAUAUGAUCUUCUGCUCUACGAUAAUGCACAAAUAGGGGUCCGCCACCCUAACAUCAUCUGCGAUUGUUGCAAGAAACACGGCAUUCGUGGAAUGCGAUGGAAGUGCAAAGUCUGCUUCGAUUACGACCUGUGCCUGCAUUGCUACAUGAGUAACAAGCAUGACCUAUCCCAUGCCUUUGAGCGCUACGAAACCGCCCACUCGCAACCAGUCUCCGUGAGCCCACGACAGAAUUUGCCGCGCAUUACUUUAAAGGGGAUCUUUCAAGAUACAAAAGUCGUCCGGGGCCCUGACUGGGAAUGGGGAAAUCAGGACGGUGGUGAUGGCAAAAUUGGGCGCGUGGUUGACAUCCGUGGCUGGGAUGUGGAGACGGGGCGGAGCGUGGCCAGUGUCACCUGGGCUGAUGGUACCACAAACGUCUACCGAGUCGGCCACAAAGGGAAAGUUGACCUAAAAUGUAUCACAGAAGCAUCUGGAGGGUUUUAUUACAAGGAGCAUCUUCCUAAAUUAGGCAAGCCGGCUGAGUUGCAGAAAAAGGAGAGCACGGAAGGGCAUCCGUUCCAACAUGGAGAUAAAGUGAAAUGCCUCCUAGACAUCGACAUCUUGCGGGAGAUGCAGGAGGGCCACGGAGGCUGGAAUCCCAAGAUGGCUGAG